AUGAUUGACAAGAAAUGUACUGCGUCGGAGGCUUCAUUUAUCUCGGAGCUGAAACCCUCAUUUGACUCACAUCAGUUGUUGCCCCAAUACUCCGCUAUCAGGGCUCCCAUCGCGUCGCCGUACCCGCUCUGCCCCGACUUUAGCUUCCGGGAGGUGGGGAGGUGGCGCACAGGACGGUGUAAAUGGUUCAAUGUAGCGAAAGGCUGGGGGUUCGUCAGCCCGGACGACGGAGGCCAAGAUGUCUUUGUACACCAGAGCGUGAUCAAGAUGUCUGGCUUCCGAAGCCUGGGCGACGAGGAGCAGGUCGAGUUCGAGUGCAAGGUCUCAGACAAGGGCCUGGAGGCGACUGUGGUCACCGGCCCUCAGGGAGCGGACUGCAGGGGCUCGCAUCGGAGGCCCAUGAGCAAGAAGCGCUACAGGAAGAUAAGGUGCUACAAUUGCGGAGAGUUCGCCAACCACAUCGCGGCCAAGUGCAUAAUGGGUCCACAGCCGAAGCGGUGCCACUACUGCAAGAGCGAAGACCACCUCAUAGCCGACUGUCCCCAACGCCCGGAAAAGAGUAAAGGGAGUGACGAAGGAGAGGAGCGCGAACUAGGAGAAACCAAGGUCUAAUUGUGAUAGGUUUAGCUCACUAAGCCAAGCCUUUCUCCUCUGCAGUUAACUAACACAUUAAGUAAUAGCAUAAUCUGUAUGUCUUCUAGAGUUUGAUGGUGACAAAAAAAUUAAACAUACUUAAUAGUGACAUGGUAUUUUUGAUGCAAAAG